AUGCCAGUGCCCGGCGACAGCCCUGAAGCAGCACCGUCCAGAGCUUGCUACAACUGCCGCCGGCGCCGCCUCCGUUGUGACCGAUCGCGUCCGACGUGUCGGAAGUGCUGGAGCGCCGGCGUCGACUGUCUCGGCUAUGGCACCGUUCUGCGCUGGGCGAACGCCCCCGCCGUCCGCGGUAGGCUGGUUGGCCAGCUGUCGGUGACAAGCCCCAAACGACAACCGACCUCGACUGAGUUCGACACGAAUUCCUACUCCGUUCGGCCCUCCCUUCUCGACCCGCUGCUGAACGGCCUUGACCGGAGGGAGAGACACUAUGUCCACCACUUCGCAGUCACCGUGUGCCGAGAUCUGGUCUCCUUCGACCAACAUGACCGAAACCCCUUCCGACUCAUCGUCCCUCUCGCGGCAAAGUUCAACUACCUGCAAGCUAUCAUCGUCGCCACAGGGGCGAUGCAUCUUGCCAGCGCGCUAUUCGGCCGUCGAGGACAGGAGGCACGAUUAGAACUAGUGGACGCCCUGGUGGCCAAGGACAAGGCGAUCCGGCUGCUCCGGUCCGCCAUUGACUCCGUGACGCCCGCGGACCAAGCCAUGGUCCUUGCGGCCACCGUCUUCCUCAUCAACAUCGACCUGAUCGACUCGGGCAAAGGCGGAUGGCAGGCCCACAUCGAAGCCGCCAGUACGCUGAUGAUGUCGCUGAGCGACCCGGUGCACGGCCCGGACCAGUCGCUCAUGCCCCUCCUCGACGCCAUCGCCGCCGACUGUCUGACAUACCGCGUCCUGGGCUCGGCCAUCAGCGGGGUAUGCCUGACAUCGUGGGAUGACGACCUGGCCGAUCUGCUGCCCGUGCUCCGGCGCGCCGAGCCCUACAGCUACCACUGCUGCCCGCCGGAGAUCCUCCAGAUCCUGCUCUCCGCCAGCAGCCUCUGCGGGGACGAGCCUGCCGAUGCGACCAAAAUCGAACGGGCCCUCUCCCUUCUGCACCAAGCCCGCUCGCUCGACAUCGCAAACUGGGUGCACGGCAUCCGCGGCCUCUCGGCGCAGGACGAUCUCGCCACCCGUGUCAGCAUUGCGCUCGCCCACCAGGCCACCGCCUGCCUGUACAUCCUCCUCGCCGUGCCCGAGGCCGCCCCCUCCCCGCUUGCGGUGGACAUGCUCGUGCAGGAGGUCCUCGGCCACCUGGACGCCGUCCCCGUCGACCACGUCCACCUGAAGGGGACGAUCUGGCCGACCUUCAUGGUUGGCGCGCAGACGGACGACCCGGCGCAGCGGGCGUGGUGCAUUGGGCGCAUGCAGGCCGUGUGGGCGCGCAAUCCGUGGUCCUGUCCGUGGGGGUACGUGCGCACCGCCGUGCAGACGAUGCAGGACCUUUGGGAGGCGAGGGACCGCGAGCCGCCGGGGGCGGGGAGGAGGAACUGGUUGCUGGAGCUGAAGCGCGUGCGGGAUAAGUGCCUGAUUGUGUGA